GCAGCCUGCGCGACGCUACGUCGGCUAGCGAACGCGAGAGGGACCCCAAGCGAAUCAAGGGCGGGGCCAAACAGCCAGCGCGUCGUGGAAUGGAGGGCUUCCCAACUGCCCUCCCGAUCGAGUCGCCGCUCGCUCGUUACUGCUGUGGCUUCUGCUGACGUGAGGGGAAUGCGUUCUUCGCACAGCUUUACGGAGUAGCAGAGGCUUGGACGCGAGCGGAGCCGGAACGUGCGUUUUGCGGCCCAAUGCCGAUAUCGACUGAAGUGCUCGUCGCGCGCUGCUAUGGCUGCCACGAUCGUCGGUUGCGCGAUGAUGCGCCAACGGAGGCCUCUCUAGCGAUCGCUGCUCCCGUGGUCGGUUCGUGAUCGCUGGAGACGACGCGACGAAGUCGGUUGGUGUUUCGAUGUGGGUGCCGUGCGGUGUGCCGUGCGUUGUCGCACACCCCUAUCGACGGGUGGCAGCAGCCGAGCUUUGAGAGACCUGUGAAGCUCGUCAGCGAUCGUAUGGCUCCAAGGCCGAUAUUACUGCUGGGUCUGACUCUCCGCAACGCGCGCGCGCAACUUGGAACAUCUGUAGAUAGAAUAGUCCAUGGUCUACGAGACUGUUGUUAAGCUGCCGCAUGUUACAACAUGCCCGUGAAUUAGUACUUUCCAAUCCUCGAAUGGGGACGAUCGACAAGUUUCACAUGCGUGAGUCGUUCGAAGUGCCCUUCUAGUCCAAGAACAUUGCAUGGGGUCGGAUGGGAGGAGUGGAAUCUGUGCGAGGCUUGGUUGACUCUGCCGUUCAGCCGAGGGACCUAAAGUGAGUGUGAACACUGAGCCGUGUGAGUAUACGCGACGUAUGGCUCCUCCGGUUCGACUCGCCUUAAGCCGCGUCGAAGCAGCGGUCGCUAACAACAAGCGCCGCGCAUGUCGCACGUCGGCGCGUCAGUUCGAGCUGAUGUUGGAUUACUUGGAACGACACCCGUACAUGGUGAGCACGCGCUUUCCGGCGUCGCUGUCGGUGCGCGAGCGGCACUGGCAGCGACUCGCCGAGCGCCUCAACUCCGAGGAGCUCAACCCGCCCAAGGGCAUGGACCGCUGGAAGAAGACAUGGUUCGACUGGAAGUGCAACGUGCGAGCCAAGGCGCGCUCAGCGUCGGGCAAGAAGACGCUGUCGCCUCUCGAGGAACGCCUGAUCGCCAUCACCGGCCUCCUCGACUCCGACGACGCACCCCUGGCGCGCAAGAGGUAG